CGUCGGAGUAAUUUGUGUUUUUGUUUUUCCUCUUUCCGUCUCUCGCACACUUUUCUCUCUUGCGUCACAUUUCUGAAUGCUCACAUUUGCAACCACAUACCCUUUUUUUCCGUUUUUUGGUUUCCCUUUCUCUCUCUCUCUCUGUUCCCCCUGUCCCUCUGUCCCGCACCGCAUCUAUGAACGCUUGUAUUCUCAGUCCUGCAUACCCUGUGAUGAGCAAGCGGUCAGCAGUGCGGGACAACUUGCAUAUCAACUACGACGAAACACCUCCGGCUAUCUAUCAAGCGAGCGCGGGACAUGCCUGCCUUCGUGACGCUCAGCACAUGACGCGUCGGUUGUUAAUCACGCGCUUACGAUGGCGGGCGGUGGCACUGCGAGCGCGAACGUCGCCUUCCUCUGACUUCCCCGCCUCGAGGGCACCCCAGGGCGUGCGCCGGGCGCCCUGGGGCCCUCUCCAAAGUCCCUCGUGCCUCUUUGAUCUCAGGGUCGAACCUGCCCCAGCCACUCCCCCGUUGGCGCACCCCUGCGCCGUUCGCUCCGGCGCAAUGUUCGAGCAGCGCUACGAGGUGCUCCGUGCGCUCGGCUGCGGCGCCUACGGGGCCGCCCACCUCGUGCGGCGCCGGGGCCCCCGGGAAGGCGGCCCCGGCGCCGGCGCGGAGGAGCUGCAGGUGGCGAAGGAGGUGAAUAUGCCGCACCUGGACGAGAAGCAGCGCCAGGUGGCUGUGGCGGAGUCAGAGGUCCUGCGCAAGAUGUCCCAUCCGAACAUCAUCGGGUACAUCGACUCCUUCCUGCAGGGGCCGAAGCUGUACAUCGUCAUGGAAUACGCGGACGGGGGAGACCUCGCCGACAAGAUCAGGGAGUGCAAGGACGCCGAGAAUAUCCUCUCGGAGGCGGAGGUUGUGUGCGUCCACCUGCAGCUGGUGUUUGCCCUGAUGCACGUUCAUGGCCACAAGAUCCUGCACAGGGACCUGAAGCCCCACAACGUGUUCCUCACGAGGGGCGGCCUUGUGAAGCUGGGGGACUUCGGCGUCGCGAGGGUGCUGGAGAGCACGGCCGCCGAGGCGCAGACCUGCAUUGGCACCCCGCUGUACCUCUCGCCCGAGAUCUGCAACAACAAGCCCUACGGCGUGCAGUCCGACCUGUGGUCCCUCGGCGUGGUCACCUACGAGCUCGCCGCCCUCAGGGUGCCGUUCCGCGCCUCGAAUCUGCCCGCGCUGAUGAUGCAGGUGCUGGGCGCCGUGCCGGACCCCCUGCCGGAGCCCUUCUCGCGGGGCCUGGGGCAGAUCGUGCUGGGCCUCCUGGACAAGGACCCCGCGCGCAGGCCCUCGCUGCGGGCGGUCGUGCGCACGCCCCUCGCUGAGCGUCACGCGCGCCUUCUCCUCGCUGGCAGCCGCGCCCGCCUCGGGGCGGGCCGCAGCCCGCCGCCGCGCCCCGCGGAGGAGGCCCUGCCCAACGUGCCGCAGCACGCGGAGGACGCGCUUGAGGCGGAGAGGCGACACAGGGAGAUCGCGCUGGCGGAGUACCGCCGCAGCCGCGGGAUCGCGGCGCGGGCCCGGCGGCGGAACCAGAGCAACAUUGGGCUGCUGGCGCCAGCGUGCCCCGCGAGGUCGCCGCCACCGAGGCGCGCACCGGCGCCCCCGCGCGCCGCGCGGCAGCCCGACGGGCGCGCUAGCGAUGCCGCGGCGGGGGGCGCGGACGCGCGCUCGGAGGUGCGACGGCGGGCCGAGUUCGAGCGGAGGCGGAAGGAGGCCGCCCACCUGGAGCAGCUGGACCGCGCCCGGCGCCAGUUCGAGGAGGACCGCCGCGUGGCUGCGCGUCGCGGCCUCGCGCAGCAGGCCUCCUCCGACGCGGGCUGGCCCGCCUGCGGGCGCCAGCUCGGGCAGGCCGAGGUCGAGGAGGGCGGCGCGGGCUGCGAGGGCGCGGCGGCCGCCGCGCCGCUGGCGCGGCCAGACGGCGCCGCCGCAGCGGCCGCGGGGGGCGCCGCUCUGGAGGGGCCGCAGGCGCCCGCUGGCUGCGAACGGACGUCGGCCGUGGCGCCUCAGGCCCUGGGGCUGCCGCUGCGCGCCGCUGCCGUGGAGGCGCAGGCGGUCACGCUGCUGCCGCAGCCGCAGGGCGUGUCCUGCGAGCGGACGCGGGUGCCCCAGCCUGGUGGGGAGGCGUGGCCCGAUUGGCAGACGCAGGCCGCAGGAAGACUAGCGGCGGCUGGACGGCAGGUGUGGGUCACCGUCGGCGCGGAUCUCGCGGCAGAGGCGUGCUCGCCGCUGCUACCGCCAGACGCGACGGUAUGCGAGCAGACCAGCGUGUCGCGGGUGUCCCACGACCUCGCGCGGCUGGAGGUCCUGUUUGCUGCAGUCGUGGACCUCGGCGGCGGCAGUGUGGGCGCCGCGGCCACCCUGGCGGCGGAGGCUGCGGAGCGCACCCUCGGGCUCGGAGAGCUGGCGCUGUCUGGUCUGGAGCACGGUGAGGCUGCGCUCCCACCAGUCCUGGAGGUCACCCUGCCGCCAGUCUUGGACCUCACGGUGAGCGCGGCCUCGGUCAGCUCGCUCGCGCUGUGCGCAGCGACGGCAGCCGCCUGCGAGGAGGCCGCCGCUGGCACUGCGGUCGGGCCAGAAAGGCUGGAGGAGCAGCCGCGGUCGGCCCGCGACGUCGUGCGGGCCGCACAGGUGCCUCCCGUGCCCGCCGCUGGCGCCGCCGUGGCGCCGCCCGCGCCUGGCCCCGAAUUCGAGCACGGGCACCAAUUUGACGGGCGAGCCGCCCGCGAUCUGUCCCCCGGCAUCGGGGGCACUGAGCCUCUGGGACCAGAGGCCGGCCCGCCGCGGCAGCCGCACCCAGAGGGUCCGGCCGGGCGCCCGCCGCCUGCCCAGAGGUGCUGCUGCGCUCUGAUGUGAGCAAGAGCGUCAGAGGAGGAGAACAUGAUCACCGAUACUGCUACCCUUGCCUCGUCCUCGCCUUCUUGGGCCUCCUGGGAGGCCCUCGUCGCCACGGCUGGAUUCGCU